AUGUUUAGCGAAAUAAUUUCAACUAUCGGAAUUAAUCAACCACAAAAUGCAACAGAAAGGCUAUCUUGCCAUCAUAUUGCCCAUCCUCUUGACUUUACAAACGGAAAAGUAUUCAAAAUAUUUUUUUAUAUAAAGACUGAAAUUUUUUUAAAUUUAAAGGAUUAUUGCGCAGCAAAAGCUUUAUUUAUAAGUGAUACUGACAAAAGAAAAUAUUUUUAUUUACAUACAACAUUUUCGCAUGCUUGUGGAGGUAUUGAUAUUGGCACAUUUUCUUCCCAAAGAAUAAAGGUUAUUUCAAAACCAUCAAAGAAGAAACAGUCAAUGAAAAGUUCAGACUGUAAAUAUUUAUGUGUUAGUAAUGGAAGCAAAAUUGCCCUUUUUAAUCGUCUUCGUUCACAAACAGUUUCUACUAGAUAUUUACAUGUAGAAAAUGGUUGUUUUCAUGCAAGUUCGACAAAAUGGGGAGCUUUUCAUAUUAAUUCUGAUAAUCCUCAACCUUUUACAACUAAUAACUCAAAUAAUAAUCAAACCUCAACAAUUAUAACAUAUGGAUCUGUUAUUCAAUUAAUUGAUGCUCAAUCAAAUAUUGCAUUACCUAAACUUAGAAUAAGAAAAGUUGACAAACAAAUGGUUUUGUUAGACCCUUCUAGUCAAGGUGAACCUGUCAGUCAAUUACAUAAAUGUGCAUUCCAAAUGGUUGAUACAAGUGGAGGAGGUGCUGUUGUUGCUGGACAAGAAUCUCUUUAUUUGUGUUUAUCCCACGAUAAAAUAAUCCAGCACCAAGCUGUCCGAAUAGACCCUAAUAGACAUCAAAUAAGUGAUGGGGCUGCUUGGACAAUAAUAUCCACCGACAAGAGUGAAUAUAGAUGGGCUGAGCCCUUAGCCAAUAUUGGAUCUUUUGCCCGUCUGCCAAUUACCCCAAUGCCACAACUACAUAAUUUAAAUAUUUCCAGUUUAAAUUCAGAAACAAAUAAUGGAAUUAAAUCGGAAAUUCCAACAAAUAUUGAAUUAAAUGGUUCCAACUUUUCCCCUUCAAUACGGGUAUGGAUUGGAGCUACCCCUACAGAAACAAUUUUUUGUUCUUCUGAACGUUUAAAUUGUUCAAUUCCUUUUUUAAAUUUAAUUUGUUCUGAUUUGGGAUUUAAUACUGAAACUGCCAUUUUGGCUAAUACAAAUAAUGGAAAUGAAAAAUUAGAUGUUCCAAUUUUACUUGUUAGAGAAGAAGAUUCUGUUGUUUUCCCGACUUCUUUAAGUUUUACUUAUAGCUUGACUGGGUGA